AUGACCUCCUCUUGGAUUUUUUCAAUUUCAACGACCAUCUUAGGUAUCAACUUUGGUCAAUCUUACGCUUCCAUUGCCGUUAUCGACAAGGAAGGACACCCACAAUGUAUUGCCAACGAAGAAGGUGAGAGGCAAAUUGCUUGUGCCAUCUCGUACGUCGGUGAACAAGUUUACAUCGGUAACGGUGCUAAACCACACUUGGUCAAGAAUGGUAAAAACACCAUCAUGGGAUUCAGAAAUCUUCUAGGUCACACUUACGAUGAAGUUGACCACACCACCAUCUUGACCGCCCCUUUACUCGCCGACUCCCAAACCCCAGCUUACACCGUUGACAUCCUUGUUCCCCCUGCUCCUGCUUCCAAAUCCGCUUCCAACCCUCGAUCAGCAGCUGCUUCCGGUGCAGCUACUCCCAACCCUGCCGCCUUGGAACCUAUCCCAUCUACCAAAACCAUCACCGUCCCAGAAGUCACUUCUCUUUUCCUCUCCACUCUCCUCAAUUCCGCUACGGAUUUCCUCGGGACGAAACCUUCCGCAUGUGUUAUCUCAGCUCCAACAUGGUUCACUCCUGCUCAACAUGAUGCUUUGCGAAAGGCUGCCGAAGAUGCUGGUAUUGCCGUUUUACAAGUUUUAGAUGAAGCUGCUGCUGCAUUAGUAGGAUACAGAGUAGGUGAUGCAGGAGAGAAUGAAAAGAGGGAUAAGAAGGUGGUUGUGUUGGAUAUGGGUGAAACCAGUUUGGCUAUCAGUGUGAUCCAAGUUUCAGAAGGUCAAUAUACCGUCUUGAAUAAGGGUAGAGAUGAUAAAUUGGGUGGAAGGGAAUUCGAUAACUUGCUCCUCAAACACUUCUCCAAAGAAUUCACCAAAAAGACCAAAGUCGCUCUUGACCUACCAUGUGGACCUGACGCUUCAGCAGCCGACAAGCGAGCCGAUGCCAAGCUCGUCUUAGCUGUUGAACACACCAAAAGAUCUUUGUCAGCUUCAAGUGGUGCUGCAACAUGUGCUGUCGAGUCGUUGAAAGAUGGUUACGACUUGUCUUCAUCUAUCAACCGAUUGAGAUUCGACGGAUUGGCUUCAGGUGUAUACAGACAAGUAGGAAACAAGUUGACUGAAGUUGUCAAAGAAGCUGGAUUAGAUUUGGCUGAAAUUGAUGAGAUCUUAUUGGCUGGUGCAUCAACCUUGUUCACUGGAUUACAACAACACUUGUCACUCCUUGUUUCACCUACUACCCCUGUAACAUCCACCAUCGACCCAUCCGAGGUAAUCGCUAUUGGUUGUGCCCUUCAAGCCCUCCAUUUAGAAACUUUGGAAGAUGGUUUGAAAGUUGAUGAUGUCCUUGCAUCAAUUAAAGAGAAAGUUGACGUUACUUCUCAACCUAUAGGAUUGGUCUUACCUGGACAACAAGGCGAUGAACUCGCUGCUGUGAUUGUAGAUUCAGGUGCACCUUUACCGGUUAGAAGAAGAGUAGCUAUUCCCGUAAAAGGUGUGAACGGAAAGGUCGCUUUGGAAUUAUGGGAAGGUAAACAUGAAGUUAAAAUUGAGAAAGUUGAAAGACCACCUCUUGAAAAGACCGAUGAUGAUGAGGAGGAUGAGGAGGAUGAAGAGGAGGAAGAUGAAGAAGUGAAAACUCCCAUAACUAAGAAAGUCAAAGCUUUAGGUGGAGUUGAAGUAGAGGUAAAAGGUGAUAAUCAGUUGAUCUUGGAGUUUAUCGUACAACGAAAUGGAGGUUUGAACGUCAAGGCUUGGCAAGAAGGUAGUGAAGCUGCUGCUGAUAGCUUCGAGAUAUAA